AUGACAAGGGAGGAGACCGACCCUAAGACCACGAUCAUCACAGGUAAUCUUCUUAUAGAAAAUAUUUUAGCCAACACUUUGAUAGCCACUGGAGAAACACAUUCCUUUAUUAUUGCAUGUUUUUUUCAAAAAGCUGGUUUAAAACCUGAGGAAUCUCUGAUGACAUAUAGCAUAUCACUUCCUUCAGGAUCUCACCUGAAUUCUAAUAAGAUUAUUAAAGUCUGCCCAGUUUAUAAUCAUAACCAUAAGAUGUUAGUAGAUCUUGUGGUAGUAGAUAUGGUAGGAAUUGAUGUGAUCCUAGGUAUGGACUGGCUAUUCCGAUAUGAGGCGCAGAUUAAUUGUAAUAAGAAGACGGUGGUGCUAACAGAUCAGUAUGGGAAGACCUUUCUAUUUCGUGCGAUUCUUGCAUUUAAAGGGAAGCAGCUGUUUUUGAAAGGAGCCCCCAUGGUGAUGUCUAAUAAUUAUGCUAUGAUAGUUGGGCAGAAACUCAAGUUAAAAGAUAUUGAAGUAGUAAGGGAUUACCCUAGUGUAUUCCCUAAUGAUAUUUCAAGUUUGCCGCCAAAGCGUGAUGUGGAGUUCUCUAUAACGUUGAAGUCAAGGAGACUAUCAAUCUCAAAGGCGCCUUAUCGUUUAGCACCUACAGAAAUGAAAGAGCUAAAAGAUUAA